AUGACGCGCAAGCACAGCAAUCCCAUGACCAACCCGCUGCACUAUGCGACCCCGCAGCUUCUGACCGGAGCACCGGCGACAUACACGACUGCUCAGCGCAAGCUCCUUGGAUAUGACUAUGUCAUUGUCGGCGGCGGCUGCGCCGGCUGCGUGCUCGCCUCCAAGCUCUCCGAGGACAAGGACGUGACGGUGCUCCUCCUCGAGGCCGGCGGCCCGCACACGGGCAUCCUCGAGUCGCGCGUGCCGCUGCUCUUCUCCAAGCUCUUCCACGGCGAGCACGACUGGGACUACACCACCGUCGAGCAGCCGGGCCUCGCCUACCGGCGCAUGUACUGGCCGCGCGGCAAGCUGCUCGGCGGCUCGACCUCGAUCAACGCCAUGAUGUACCACCACGGCUCGCCCUCCGACUACGACGAGUGGGCCUCGGACGCGCCGCGCCUCGGCUGCAAGGGCUGGUCCUACGCCGACCUCGCCCCCUACUUUCGCCGCAUGGAGAACUUCACCGCCAACCCGGCCCGCCCCGCCAUCGACCUGUCCCACCGCGGCACCGGCGGCGAGUGGCAGACGGGCUACUCGGCGCUGUCCCCCAUGGUCGAGGGCGGCUUCCUGCCGGCCUGCGCGGACGCGGGCAUCGCCGCCUCGCCGGACAUCAACACCGCCGCCGGCACGCUCGGCGUCACCCGCUUCCAGACCUUUAUUGACAGCCGCGGCGAGCGCUCCUCCAUGGCCACGGCCUUCCUGACGCCCGAGGUGCUGCGCCGCCCGAACCUCUACGUCGGCUGCCGCGCGCACGUCACGCGCGUGCUGUACGACCGCAUGGACGCUGGGAAGGAGCCGUGCGCGAUUGGCGUCGAGUUUCAGACGAAGAAGGGGGGCGAGAGGUACGAGGUGCACGCGCGGCGCGAGGUGAUCCUGUCCGGCGGCGCGGUCAACACGCCGCAGACGCUGCUGCUGAGCGGCGUCGGCCCCGCGGCGGAGCUCGCGCGGCUCGGCAUCCCGGUGGUCAGGGACAGCCCGGCCGUCGGGCGCCACAUGAAGGACCACCUGUGCCCGACGGGCGUCUCGCUCAAGACCAAGACGGCGCACACGUACGACUACCUCAACGACAACGUCAAGGCGAUCCCCGCGCUGCUGCGCUGGCUGGUGACGGGCGGCGGCCCGCUGUCGAGCAACGUCGGCGAGGCGGCGGCGUUUAUCCGCAGCGUGGACCACCCGUCCAAGGCGACGAGGCCCGAGAACCGCCCCAAGGACUACUCGUCGGGCGGCAUCGGGCCGGAUGUCGAGAUCCUGGGCGCGCCGAUUGCCUUUAUCCACCACGGCGAGGAGCCGGCGCCGCCGGGCACGGGCAUCUUUACCCUGGGGCCGUGCCUGCUGCGGCCGCAGAGCACGGGCACCAUUACUCUGAAGACGAACGAUCCGUUCGACCACCCCAUCAUCGACCCCAAGUACUUUAGCGACGAGGGCGACAACGACCGCAAGGUCAUGCUCGCCGCCAUGCGGCUGUCCAUCAAGAUCGCCAACAGCGCGCACUGGAAGGACUUUGUCGAGCCCAUCCCGCGCAACGACGACCCCAACUACCUGUGGUGGCCGUCGUCGAGCAGCGACCCGGAGAGCAUCACCGACGAGCAGCUGCUCACCUUUUUGAAGGAGAGGGCCUUCACGCUGUACCACCCGGUGGGCACGGCGCGCAUGGGGCCGGACGACUCGGGCGACAGCGUGGUCGACCUCGAGUGCCGCGUGCACGGCGUCGGCCGGCUGCGCGUCGUCGACGCGAGCGUCUUCCCGGAGCAGAUCAGCGGACACCCGACGGCGGCGAUCGGCGCCAUCGCGUACAAGAUGAGCGACGUCAUCAAGAAGACGUUUACGCCGGCCGGGCCGUCCCUGGCCAACUUGUGA